CCUGUGCUGGGGGGAGGUGGGCUUGGCUGGGGUCGGGGGGGGGGGCUUUUGCCAGAGCUGCUGAGGUUUGUCCCUGACCCCAGUGACGAUGUUUUCCUUGCUGUUGCAGUGCCCAUCUACGUGCCGUUCCUUAUCGUUGGCUCUGUAUUUGUCGCCUUCAUCAUCUUGGGGUCGCUGGUGGCGGCUUGCUGCUGCAGAUGCCUGCGGCCCAAGCAGGAGCCCCAGCAGAGCCGAGCCCCCGGGGGCACCCGCCUGAUGGAGACGAUCCCCAUGAUCCCGAGUGCCAGCACCUCCCGGGGUUCCUCCUCCCGCCAGUCGAGCACCGCCGCCAGCUCCAGCUCCAGCGCCAACUCGGGGGCCAGAGCCCCCCCGACCCGGUCCCAGACCAACUGCUGUUUGCCAGAAGGGACCAUGAAUAACGUCUACGUCAACAUGCCGACCAACUUCUCGGUGCUGAACUGCCAGCAGGCUACCCAGAUCGUGCCGCACCAGGGGCAGUACCUGCACCCCCAGUACGUGGGCUACGCUGUGCAGCACGACUCGAUGCCGCUGACCCCGGUCCCCCCCUUCCUCGAUGGUUUGCAGAGCGGCUACAGGCAGAUCCAGUCUCCCUACCCGCACGCCACCAGCGAACAGAAGAUGUACCCGGCUGUGACUGUGUAGCGCCGGCGCCUUCCUCCCCCCUCCCCACACGGCAGGUUUUAAUAUCUAAACUGAACAGAGGAGAAAUACUUCCUCGGAACGAAGCUCCCAGAACAUCGCUUGUAAAUAAUUUUGAAAGGCUCAUGCAUGUCAGACAGUGUUUAUAAACCAUUUAUUUUCAUCGGGGUCCAUUGCCAGAAACUGUAGGAUGAUAUCUCUGAAUUAACGUUGCCAGAUACGCUCUCAUUCCAGUGCAUGAUUUACAGUGGCGAAGGAUUACGCUGAAAAUGCAUAUGUAUUUCAGAUCGCUGUACUUGCGAGAUAAAUGCCGGAGCCAUUAAGUGCCCUUCAGGUAUGACAUGGUCAGAAGUAUUUGCCUAAUUAAUUCGUAGAAAGAGUUUUGUUACACUGUACAAGACCGCAGUACUUCUUAAGAAACCUCUUUUCUCCCAGCUCCUUAAUGACAUUUCCCAUUGCUUUACAGACAAUCAGUCGCAACCGAGAGCCAAACAGUGCAAUCCCUGUGUGCCGGGUGCUGGUACCAGCCCCCAUGGCUUCUUACGCACCCCCGGUUUGGGGUGAAGUGCCAUGAAAGGCUUAGUCUUGCAAAGACCAAUUUUCCUUGUCCCUGGUAUUUAUGUAGAAAUUAGAAGAGUGUGAAUUAUUUGGCUCUUCCUUCCAGUGCACUUGAAACCCCUCUUGAUUUGCUUUUGCCUCAAGAUCAGGACGCCGUGGUGGUUUGCGCAGACUUUAUCUUUGUGAACUUUUUACUAAAAACAAGGUACGAGGUGCUUGUUCUUCCUGACGCUCAGCAAAGCUUUUGGUGCAGCUAGCAGCAUCUGAGCUGAAACUGCCGUUGCAGAGAAAGGUCGUACUGUGACUCCGAACAUGCCUGAUUUAACCUCACUUGCCAUGAAACAGUAAACCCGUGUGAAUGCGCGCGAAGUUGUCAGCCCCAAACCCUGCUCGCGAUCGAGUCUGACCGUAGGAAAACAGGCU